AUGACCUGCCUGGCCGUUAAACUGGUAGCCUCGCUGUUACUGCUCACGGUAGCCGUCCUUGCCAGCAAAGAUGCCAGCAAACCGGUCGACAGCGGGCCAGCCAUUGCCAGCACCCCGAAGAACCAGCCACCUUCCAUCGCACCUUCCAAAUCACCAGCGACGGUGACAAAGAAAGCACCCCACGGUAAGCGAGAAGUGACCAGCUACGGAUUACCGCACCACACACACAGUCGUUACCCGUUCGGUGGGCAUGUGCAACCUUUGGCGGAGUUCUACGCACCAGCCACUAGCCACGGCUCGUACAGUUACAGCAUCCCGCAGCAUUCUGCCUUCCCGCCAAUGCACGUGCCGGCUUCGUUCGGUGCGCAUAAGCUCUACCUCGGACCUGCACCGUCCCUUACCAGCUUCAAGUACACCCCGAGUGUGGCCUCAUCGCAUGCUUUUUUCUCACCAUCGCUUGGACACCAUGCUCCGCACCAAUCUUUCGGAGGAUUUAGCGAUGCUGGAACCAUCAAGUACGGAAGCUACGGUUCCAAGGAUCUAUCCGAUCUGCUGAAACAGCUCCACUCGGUUGGUCCGCUUACGAUAAAGGCUAUCCCGAGCAGUUACGCAUAUGGAGCACCGUUUGGCGAGCAACACGACACUGGCAACAGCCAUUCGGUAGUACUUGACAGCAACGCGUUCCAUCUUAAACCGAUGCCGCUGAAGAUUCACGAGCUGCCAAGCUUUACCCAUUCAUCAUCUAGCCUGCCGCAUGCGGCCGCACUCACCGCACCGGCAGGUCCUACCUCAACCUCAUCCACGUACGGCCAUGUUGCACAUUCGCUCGGAUACGAACCUUCGUACGCGAACGGUGUUAAGGGACUACGCCACUACUCUUCCUCGAAUGUCCCGUCGAACGAUCUUUACACGGGCAACAAGUAUAUCUCCACGCUGAAUCUGCAUCAGCCCACGACCGCUACCAUGGUGUCACCGUUGCACACCUCCGUCCACUCAUCGGUCGGUCACCAGAAACCCUUCAAACCUUCCACCUACCUUGGUUCCACGCAUGAAACCAUCUCCUCUCCCUCGACAUCCCACACCGGGUCGUAUCUGGCUCCUUCACUGCAAUACCUUCCACCGGUCAGUAAAGGAUCACAAUACCCGCACAAGCUGAGCUACGAUUCUCCGGCCAAGCAUGGUUACCUGCCACCACCACCACCAACACCGUCCACCAAUGCGUACCUACCGCCGCACAACAUACCUGCCCACGGAUAUCUACCGCCUGUGGCCAGCGGUAGCACCAGCUACAUCUCCCAUUCUUCCGCCUCUGGACCUUCAGCGUCCGGUUCGCACGAGGAGACAGGCCGGAAGCCACAGCUUCAUCACCACAAUUCGGAGCAUUCUAGCGAAAGUCUCGAAUAUAGUGGAGCGACUGCGCCCGUUCCAACGCCAUCUUCAGUUACGUCGUCGCAUCACUGGAAGCACUAG